CUGUAAAUCUGGUGGGACCUCCUGUGUGCGUCCUGUGAAAAAGAUCUCUGCCGGUUAUUUGAACACUGGCAGAGACUUGUUGAACACUCAGCUAGACAGAUAUAGCAGCAGCUGGAGAAACAGUAUCCUAAACGGGCACCGCAGUAUUCAGUCUUUUACACUUCUCUGCUGUACCAUUGCUCUUCAAGAUCUUUCUGGAUAAAAAGACUAAAAAUGGAGAUUACACUUGAAAAUGACAAAAACGGCUCCUCAAACUUUGAGUACAAGGGUGCUCACCAGGCAUUCAGGGACCGCUGGAAAGGGACAGAUGACACCAUGUGUCGCCACAGCAUGUCCUUUCACCUACACCACACACUGAGGAGUGAGUUCUUUGCCAGCUACCUGUACCUGCUAGAGAAGGUUCCACUGGUGAAGCUGUUCCCAGUCACCUGUGAGUACAUCAAAGGAGAGAAACAGUUCUACUACAGAGCUCAGAAGUUCUACGAGGAUGUUCCUGCCUCAGAGGAGGGCAUGAUGGGAGAUUUCGUAGAAAUAUCCCAUGUUGAUCUGGAAGGUUCCCUUCAGUUUUUGAAGAAGUUCGUGGGGCCCGGUAAUGCGGGCACCCAGUGUGCUCUGGAUUGUGGCUGUGGGAUCGGGCGGGUAGCCAAAGGUGUGCUCCUUCCUGUGUUUGAGAAACUGGAGAUGGCAGACAUGAUGGAGCACUUCCUGCUCCAUGCACAUGAGGAGUACCUGGGUGACGAUGCUGACCGUAUUGAGACCUACUACUGCUACAAUCUGCAAGAAUUCACACCUCCAAAAAACAAGUAUGAUGUCAUAUGGAUGCAAUGGGUGGCAUGCCACCUAACAGACAAGGACCUGAUGAACUUCUUGUUUCGCUGCAAAAAGAGUCUGCGUCCAAAUGGUGUUAUCAUAAUCAAGGAUAAUAUGGCUAGGCAAGGCUGCAAGCUGGACCCCAUCGAUAGCAGCAUUAGCCGCCACCUGGACAUCAUGAAGACCAUCAUUGCCAAGGCUGGACUGGAGGUCCUGGCUGUUGAGAGACAGGGAGGCUUCCCUGAGGUCAUUAUGCCUGUCUGGAUGAUUGCUAUGAAAUAGAAGAGACAAUUUUAGUGCAAACAGCUUAAGCUUGUGGUUUGCUUUAAAAACACAAAGGAAAAUUCAGCUCAUAGCUGAGUUCACUUGAUAUUUCAGGAUUUUUUUCUGCUCUUUAUAUCUUUAUGACAUCAAUGAUCUUGAUCUUGUGGUUCGGACUAAAACAAUGGAAUAACGUGCAUCCUUAUUUACUACUGGAUUUUAGUUUAAGUUUUUAACUAAAUCAAACAUCAACAACAAAUAUGAAUCAUGUAAGAUUUAAAAACAAAACGUUGCACAAACUUGUAAUAUAUAUCUGGAUACAUUGUCUGGAAAAUGGCAUAUUAUUUUUGUUAAUAAUAUGUUAUUUUUGUUAUUUUUGUUGCAUGCAGUGGAUGGACACAGAUACCAUGCCAUUUCAAUUGGUUUUGCUAAGGUGUAAACUAACUUUUAAAAGCUUGUUUAGAAAACUUGACAGCAAACAGCCGGGAUGGUUCAGUAUGUCAUCAUACUGUGUAUUCUGGGAAUGCUCAACAGUUAAGAAGUACGGUGGCCCCUAAAGACAAAGCACGUACAAACUGCUCCAUGAUGCUAGGGGCAGUGUUUAGCUUGAUUUGCAAAAUAAAUGGCAAGUUUGUUGCAAACACAUGGAGUUGGAUACCGGCGGGAAACACCUGCAAGGAUAGAACAACCACACUUUAUAAGAAAGGUAAUAUGCAAACUGUUGUUUGUUUAAUUUUUUUUUAAUUACUAUGAACGCAUAACUUAAGGUGGAGUCAAAUCUGACGUUAACUAACAGUCAGUGUGCUUUGCUCAGAGAGAAGCUCAACACUAGGGAUGGGUACCGGUAUCGGUUCUGACAUAAACGGUAGUAACCAGAC